GAUAUACCGAAUACCGAUAUCCUAUCAUACGCCGGCCACGUCCGUUACGCCACGUCCAUGUUUUUAAGAGGGGUAAGAAGAAAAUAGUGGUGACAAAAACGCCGCUGCAGCCGAUGCUGAUUUGAGUAGUUUUCUUUGAAAAAAAUUCUUUCAAUAAUUUAUAUUUUCAAGAAGAUUAUUUUUAAUCAACAACAAUGAAGUCUCAGAACUCGUUGACUUUUUUCUCAAAAGCAGUUUACUUUCUGUUGCUUACUGGAACUUUGGCAUGUUGUAACCUUAUCGAUCCCGGUUUAAACAUCAAAAAUGCUGACAGAACUAUUGAUUUGCACUCGCAAAUAACUAAAAUAACGAAUAAACUAGUCAUUGAAAAUAAUGGUAAGAGUGCAGUACGCAGUUUUCUAUUUGCAGUGGAUGCCAAGCAAAAGGCCUAUCUCAGUUACAUAUCUGCAUUGCUCAGAGAGCAUGGCAGACCAGAGCUUAAAGUUAAAGAAGUUAAAGAUGCACAACUAAGCAAGACCCAUCCUGACAAAUUAUUUUAUUCUAUUGGAUUGAGAGAUCCACUGCAGCCAGAACGCUCAGUUUCUGUUGAAGUUGAAGUAAUUCUUACCCACGAACUUAUAGCACAUCCUAAAGAGAUAUCACAGAAGGAAAAGCAAUUGGUUAAAUAUACAGGAAACCUUUAUUUGUUUACACCAUACUCUGUCAACAAACAAACUACUACAGUCAUGCUACCUUCUAGGAAUAUUGAAAGCUACACCAAGAUUAAACCAGUUACUCAAAGUGAUUCUACUAUUACUUAUGGUCCUUAUGAUAAAAAGGUUCCAUUCGUACAAGAUGAAUUAACAGUACAUUUUGAAAAUAAUAAUAAAUUUUUAACUGUUACAAAACUUGAAAGGAGUAUUGAAAUAUCCCACUGGGGCAAUAUUGCUGUUGAAGAAACUAUUGAUUUGCUACAUACAGGAGCACUGUUGAAAGGUUCUUUUUCUAGGUAUGAAUAUGCAAGAGAAUCAAAGUCAGGGCAACCAAGUAUACAAAGUUUCGAUACAGUUUUACCAGCUGCUGCUUCAGAUAUAUACUACAGAGAUGAAAUCGGUAAUAUUUCAACUUCUCACACCAGGAUUAAGAAAGAUUCUGUUGAAUUGAACUUGAGACCUCGUUUUCCACUUUUUGGUGGAUGGAAGACUCGCUAUACAAUUGGAUACAAUGUACCUAGUUAUGAAUAUCUGUACAAUUCCAGAGAUGAAUACAUUCUUGAUAUGAGACUAAUAGAUCACAUAUAUGAUGAUAUGGUUAUUGAUGACAUGGUUGUUAAGAUCAUCCUACCAGAAGGAUCUCAUAGUAUUAUGUUAGAACUGCCAUAUGAAGCUACUCGAUUAACUGAUUCUCUUCAUUAUACCUAUCUAGAUACUACUGGCCGACCAGUCAUAUCAGUAACAAAAAAUAAUUUAGUUGAAAGUCAUAUACAAAACUUCAGAUUGAAAUAUACAUUUCCAAAGCUAUUGAUGCUACAAGAGCCUCUUCUAGUAGCUGUAGCCCUUUAUCUUUUAUUUAUACUUGUGAUUGUUUAUGUACGCUUAGACUUUUCUAUAGAUAAAGAUGAGAUCUCGGAGAGUAAACUACGAGUUGCUGGUCAAUGUGAAAAAAUUUUAGCUGCACAAGAUAGAAGAGUUUCAUCUUAUAAUGAUUUAGAUGAUCAGUUGAAUCACUUGAAAACAAACAAAGAUGUCAAUACUUUUUUGUCAACCAUAAAAAAUAUUAAUCAAGAAUAUAAAAUGGCUACUGCAGCAGUUGCAGAACUAGCACAAAAACUUAAAGGGGAAUCUGGAGAUGUUCAUGAUAGAGUACAAGAGCUCCAAAAACAUGAUAGAACAUUGAAAGAGCUCUAUAAUCAACAGCAAUCCCUUUAUGUUGAUAAGCUAGUACCUGGGAAAAUCAAUCGCCAAGCAUUUGUUGAAGCUGAAUCAGCUAUUGCUAAGAAAAAAGAGGACUGUGUGGAAAAAAUCAAUAACAUUGUGAAAUCAUUACAAUAAAUUGUCUUAAGUGUAAACAGAAUGAGAGAUGAAGAAAUGAAUCAGAAAUAGUUAAAUUUUUACAGAAUGUUUGCAAUGAUGAGUGUUAUUUUAGUUUAGUACAAGCAUUUAUGCAUUAUAAGUUUUAUAAAAAAUGCUAACAUUUCUAAUCAAAAUCAGAUGAAAAUUUCUAUCUUCAUUGCAAAAUUUCGAAAAAAUAAUAUUUUAUAGAUGAAUGAAUGUACAAUAUUGAAAUUUUGUAUUGAUUCAUCAACUAUUGUCAACGUUAUUUAUAACAAAAAACAAGAGUUGUAAAAUUAAUUAAGGAAGAAUAAAAUGAAACGUUAUAUUAAAUUUCACAAGACUUCACGAAAAAUGCGAAAUAAAAGCUUGUAAUGAUGCUUAUGAGUAAUUUACAAUGCUUGCAUUGGUAUAGAAAUGCAAUGCCAAUGUUUAUUAAAAAAAAUGCAUAGUCAUUUUUAUCAAUUUAUGUAUAUUUGUGUGAAAAAAUA